GGACCCGGACCCAGAGCCUCCGCAGCGCUGUGCCGGGAGCAGGACUCCCCGCAGCAGCUUCCCGCGCGGCCCCGCACCCCCGGGAGCCGAGCGACCGCCUGGGAGCCCCACCUGCUGCACCUGCCACCCCUGAGCGGCCGGGCGAGCGAGCCAUGGCCAACGCGGGGCUGCAGCUGCUGGGCUUCAUCCUGGCCUUCCUGGGCUGGGUGGGGGCCAUCGUCAGCACCGCGCUGCCCCAGUGGAAGGUCCACUCCUACGCGGGCGACAACAUCGUGACCGCCCAGUCCAUCUACGAGGGGCUCUGGAUGUCCUGCGUGUCGCAGAGUACGGGGCAGAUCCAGUGCAAAGUUUUCGACUCCUUGCUGAAUCUGAACAGCACUUUGCAAGCAACUCGUGCCUUGAUGGUGGUUAGCAUCCUGCUGGGACUAAUAGCUAUCUUCGUGGCCACUGUUGGCAUGAAGUGUAUGAAGUGCCUGGAAGACGAUGAAGUCCAGAAGAUGCGGAUGGCCGUCAUCGGGGGCGUGAUAUUUCUUAUCGCAGGUCUGGCUGCUUUAGUUGCCACAGCAUGGUAUGGCCACAGAAUUGUUCAAGAAUUCUAUGACCCCAUGACCCCAGUCAAUGCCAGGUAUGAAUUUGGCACUGCUCUCUUCACUGGCUGGGCUGCUGCUUCCCUCUGCCUUCUGGGAGGUGCCCUACUUUGCUGCUCCUGUCCCCGAAAAACAACAUCUUACCCAACACCAAGGCCCUAUCCCAAACCUGCACCUUCCAGUGGGAAAGACUAUGUGUGACACAGAAGCAAAAGGAGACAACCCUGGAACAAACAGAAAAUGGACAGUAAAACAUCAUCAUUGACUUUAAGACCUCGAACUCUUGACUAUUGUAGUCUGAACUGUGGUAUUAUUAAAAAAAACACGUGUUUUUUAAAAUACCCAUUGUUAAAAGUAAGUUAGUCUUAUUUUAUCUCCUGUCCUUAAUAUGGGAGGGAAGCCUUUUCCAUUUGUAUUACUGCUCCCCACUGAGUAAUCAUCUCAAAUGUGGGGAGGGGUGCUCCUUAAUUAUAGAUAUGUAUAUAGACAUGUUUUUCUAUAAAAAUUAGUAGAAUCUCUUAUUAUGUUGGUAUCAACAUACUUAAAACAUAACUAAAAAUAUAUAUAUUUAAGUCUAUAUUAAGUAAAUAGUUUCUUCAGUAUAUGUCUCUUCUUUCUAUAUGUACACAUAUAUAAUAGACCAUAUAUAAUUUACCCUCCUUCAUCAGCUUUUAGUGUCUUUGACAUAAGACUUAACCUACUAAAGAGAGUAUAAAUUCUUUCAGUUCCCCAGAUGUGCCCUUUUCAGGUUGAUCUCACAGCACUUGCUUUGGCAUCAGUCAGUCAUUCUUCAUGCCUUUAUUUGUUUUUUAUUAGGUUUGGCUUAACUCUUGAAUCUAACAACACAUUUCCUGAGCACACUAUUGAAUUUCUAAAAUCAAUAAGAAUCUCUUACAAGCCAGAGCUUUGGUGCAAAUCUUCGUGCAUGGCCAGAUGACAUUCCCGUUGACCGCCCCACCUCAUCUCUGUACUCUGACCUGUACCACUCUUGUUUGCUUUGAAAAUAUUUGCCUUAUUGAGCAGCUCUGUGUUGCUUUCCCAGUGUUGUAACACAAUUUCAUUUAUUGACUUUUAAGCUACUUAUUUACUGUUGUAACCCUCCAAACUCCCUUUUUCUUCCCCCCUCCUUGCUCAGCUUUAUGGUUUUUCCUAUGUAAUUAUCAUAUAGUUUACCUGUUCCCAGAGAAGUAUGGUCUGUUUUUCUGCAUGAAGUGCUAGAUUUUCCGUAGUGAUAAUCUGGUGACAAAUAUUCUCUCUGUAGCCGUAAGCUCAUCAGUUAUUCUUUCUCCUCUUUUCCCAUCUGGCAAAUUGAGAUAAUGAUACUUAACUAGUUGGUGGAGGUGGUGUGAGUAUUAAUUAGUUGGUAUUAUGCUCAUUCUUUAAACAUGAAAUAUGUCUAAGUAGUGUUUUUCUUUGCUCAAUUGGCUGUUGGAACUCAUUGAACCAAACCUGCACACACACCUUCACAUUGUUUGUACCCCCCUUCCCCCCCGGCCCAUUUCCUUUCUCUCAGCUACACCAGUCAUGUUGUUGGUGUUCUGUUCCAUUUUAACAAUCACUCUUAGUUUUCCAGUCAGUGGAAAAUGCUACUUUCCUGGAGCAAGAUGAUGUAAUGAAAGGGUGUUGGUGUUGGUGUCUGGAGACCUGAUUUGAGUCUUGGUGCUAUCAAUUACUGCCCGAGUUUGGGCAAUGCGCUUAGCUGGCCUAGAUUUAUUGUUUCAUCUGUUAAAAAAGAGGGAUUGUAAUUCCUGAUCUGCCUGCCUCGCAAGGCUUUUGUGGGGAUCUGGCGAGACAGAAUAUAUGCAAAUGUGGUCUGUAAAGUGAAAAGUACUAUAAUAAAGGAAAGAACUAAGGGAUUUAAGUGCAUAGGUUUGGGAUUACUUUUCAAAUGACUGAAAAGAGAAAAAUUUUAAGGAAUGGGUUUCUUGCAGUAACCAAUAUCUCAAGUGAUGAGACACUACAGUGAAAUUCAGCUUACUAAAUGAAGAGGAUCCUAAGGAAGUCAGUUUCUUCAGUCAGUAUGGCCUAAUGCUUUAUUGGGACUAAGCUUUUCUCGUCUCAGGAAUGCAGACUUGACCUAGGGCAAGUCUGCAGAUGUAAUGGGUAAAACAGAAGUGUAAGUCUUGGCAAAGCCAAAGUAUGCAAGAUUUUUUGAAUUAUAAUAACUUGCAAGGAUAUUCAAAGUGGAUAUCUGUUCAGUGAUGCCUUCAGAGCUAUUGCUUUAGGUGUUGCUAACACUGCUAGGAUAGUAUGGGAAUGGUAAUUCAUAGUGAAACUACAUGGGAAAGUUAUCCAAAGGAUUGCAUCACAUGAGAGUUUGAACCUAGUAAAUUUUAAUUUCUUCCAAACCUGAGUCUAUGCUUCUGGAAAGUAUAAUUCAAAGAGCUUUUGCUAUAUACAUAAAUCCUAACAAUGUGUGAGUGUAAAUGCAUGUGGUUUACUAGUUGCUAAUUUCUGCAAAGAAAUCUAUAAUCCAAAAUGACCAACAGAAUUGUUACACCAGAAGUUAGCCAAUUUUGAUAUUUUUGUAUUCUGCUACUGUACCUGGAAACAAACCCAAUGGAUAUUUUGGGAUUUUGUAAUGGAAAUUUGUAUAAAGCAUUAUUCUUUUUCAAUAAAUUGUUGGGUUUCUUUUAUAAUAAAAACAUGGAUCCUU